AUGGAUGGAGAGAGUAGCGAAACAUCGUGUACUCAUAAUACAAUGAAAGAUUUUAUGGAUUAUUCAGCCAGGAAGCACUUCGAACUUUGCUUGGCAGAAGAAAAAGAUUUUUUGAUCGGCAAAUCGCAUUAUCGACUGGCUGUUCUAUAUCCUGAUUUCAAUCAGUUUGAAUAUGAUGCAAAUCUGCUUUCAGAUGUUGUUUAUGUAUCAAAUAAAAUAACGGAAUUCCAGUUUUACUUGAAAUGGGAUCGUCCGUUUGAGGCUGCACCAGUUCUUGAAAGAAUCAUAAAAACAAAUGCUACUGACGAAAUGUGGUCUUUGAUACUUCAAACUUUCCUGAAAGCAUCAUCAUUUGAAAGCUGUACUGAGAAAACUUUAUUCACGGAGCUCUCAAACGAUGCAUUUGAAUCUGUUAUUACUAUUUUAACGAAGCGUUUUGACAAUGAUGAUCUUCUGAAAACGAGGUUGCUUCUUUUUUGCUCUCGUUAUGCAGAUGGCAAGAAGUUUCACAAAUUAUUGAAUCGAGCUGUAACAUUCAUGACAGAAAGAGCUAACAAUGACAAAGAACUUGUAAAUGGCAUCGGAAAAUAUCAUGUUUACUUAGCUGUUAUUGUUGCUCCUGUUCUUAUGAAAUUGGAUUUUACAAACAUAGCAGUAAGCAGAGCCUUAAAUAUCAUCAUCACUGUUCUUCAUGUUGCAGUUGCAUGGCCAAAGUAUCAUGAAACUUGGACCAACCUUUUACGGACAGUGUCCGCAGUUUAUGUUGCUGAAGCACAGAAUUUCUCACAAGAGAGUUUUAAAAUAGCUGCUGCAUUGUUUGAUAAAUGUGUUUCAUUAUAUGACUUUGGAACACCAGUUAAUUUAUCUCUAAAUAUGAGUGGGUGUAGCAGUCUUUCAACUAUUGUUGAUAAAGCAUAUAGUCUGAAAAGCGAAGCUUGUAAAAUAGCUUUUCUAUUUUUCAUGUGGUUUGCUUACUCUAAAUGGAGGGCCAACGUUGAUAAAGGUGAGGUGCUUGCUUGGAUCCCUGAAGAUAAUUGGGUAAUGGAUGUUGAUAAAUUAUUGAGCAGCAGCAGUGAUGGUACUAGUUCCUCCAAGAAAGCUCGGAUAAAAGAACGAAGAGAAGAAUUUAGUAUUGCUGCUACGGAAUAUCUGAUGUCGUCACGUCCUGAGUUAUGUGAAGUUUAUGAACUUUGUUGUACAGCACUUUCUGCUUUUGUGGCUUCACCUUCCUCAGUUAUUGCUGAACACCUAUAUUUUGUCCCGUAUAACAGUGAUAUUAAAUUGUUAAUCAUCGAAUCUCUGUUGUUCAAAAGCAAAGUCAAUGAGUUGGUAGUUUAUGCUGGUGAUCAGUUUGAAAAUAAUGACGAUUCUCUGAAAGAAUUAAUUCAUUUUCAAGUUGCUUGUGGUCAAUGCAUAGGUCGAAAUUGGCCUGAUGCAUGUGAAAAUGUGAUCUCUAUGCUCAGCAUAGCAACUGGAAAUGAUGAAAGCAUUGUAAGUUCUAUAAUUUUUUAUUAUUUGUUGCUCAACGUUUUCACGUACAAAAAGAAAAACAAGCCAAUCAUACUUACUAAUGGGCUGAAUACGAUUCCUAUACAAGCCGAUCCUAGAUGUGCUGAGAUUGAACAUACACCAGAGCCGUCGGCUACAGAGGUUUCAGUCCCACAGCCUUCCUUCGUUAUUGUUCACAGAAAACGACUAAGAAAUAUUGUCUUUGACCUCGCCUACCAUAUAUUAUUUCGGUUGGAACUGAGCAGUAUGCAAUUUUACAAAUGGUGUUUUAAGGUUUAUACAUCAACAGCAAUGGACCACGAAAAUGACCGAUUACUUGGCGCUCUUCUUAUUUUAUCGCAGAUUGAUUUCUCUGGUAAAGGAUAUAAAUGCUUUAAUCGCAUCAUGCGACAUGUAGAAGCAAAGGGAUCGCUAAAGAGUGCAGGACUUGUGAAAUAUAUAACGAACGUGGCAAUUUUAGAAGAAUUAUCAAGAAUCCACAAUUACUGUUCUGAAUACGUUUCUAUAGAAAUUGCUGUACCACAAGUGCAAAGAAGGAUCGGACAAUCAACUCGACAUAGUGUGAGGGGUACGAAGGAUGGUCAAAAGCAGUCAAUAGAGGAGCAAAUCAAGAAAUGUGAGAGAAGUCCGUAUGCAACAGUAUCGGAUUACUUCACUGAAAAUAAGGAUGAGCUAUUAAAGAUGCUGGGAGCCAGCUUUUAA